ACACCGCUUCCUGUUGCAAAAGCAGAUACAUCAGAGCCAAGAUGGCGGCGCUUUUCAAAGCACGGAGAGCUCUGGGCAUGGCAGUAGGCCAUAGCGUUCGCUGUUUGACCCAGCUUGCGGAGUUGCCAGAGUUGCACCAGAUGAUGAGGCAGACAUGUAAGGAUUACGCUCAAAAAGAACUUGCACCAAUCGCUGCUCAGCUGGACAAAGAUCACAAGUUUCCAGCCAAGCAGGUAAAAGAAUUGGGAGCGAUGGGUGUCAUGGCUGUAGAGGUACCGGAGAGUCUGGGAGGAGCUGGGAUGGAUUAUCUCGCAUACUGUCUGGCCGUGGAAGAGCUCAGUAGAGGAUGUGCAUCAACCGGAGUCAUCGUCAGUGUGAAUAAUUCAUUGUACCUGGGUCCAAUUCUGAAGUUUGGCACAGAAGAACAGAAAAAGCAGUGGAUUACGCCUUUCACCACGGGGGAGAAAGUUGGCUGUUUCGCUUUGAGUGAGCCAGGAAAUGGAAGCGAUGCAGGUGCGGCGUCAACGCUGGCACGGCAGGAGGGAGACGAGUGGGUUUUGAACGGAACCAAAGCCUGGAUAACCAACUGCUGGGAUGCUUCCGCCACCGUCGUUUUCGCCACAACAGACAAAAGCCUAAAACACAAGGGAAUUAGUGCCUUCCUAGUGCCGAUGCCUCAUCCGGGGUUGUCUUUAGGCAAGAAAGAAGACAAACUGGGAAUUCGAGCUUCAUCGACUGCCAAUAUCAUUCUGGAAGACUGCCGCAUCCCACUCGGCAACAUGCUGGGAGACCGAGGAAUGGGCUUUAAGAUUGCAAUGCAAACUCUAGACAGCGGGCGGCUUGGUAUUGCAGCACAGGCUCUUGGUAUUGCUCAGGCGGCGCUGGACUGCGCGGCUGAUUACGCUCAUAAAAGAACAGCUUUCGGCGCUCCGAUUGGAAAGCUGCAGGCGAUACAGUUUAAACUGGCAGACAUGGCCUUGGCCAUAGAGAGCGCUCGACUUCUCACAUGGAAAGCUGCAAUGCUGAGAGACGCAAAGAAACCUUUCACUAAGGAAGCUGCUAUGGCUAAACUGGCUGCAUCUGAGGCUGCUACAUUUGUCUCCCACCAGGCCAUUCAGGUGCUGGGCGGGAUGGGUUACGUCACAGACAUGCCUGCUGAGAGACACUACCGCGACGCCCGCAUCACAGAGAUCUAUGAAGGCACCAGCGAGAUCCAGAGAUUAGUCAUCGCCAACAACAUUCUCAAAGAAUAUCAGCAGUAGAAGAGCUGACGUUCACUGACUGUGUCUGGAUUGCCUGAUCACAGAUCUCAGGACUGUAUUACUGUGACCGGCCACUGAAGAUGUAUUAAUGUUGCUCUGUCACAGAUUGAGUGACACAAGACUGUUUGAAGUGCCGCUUUUUCUCAUUUGUGCCACAAGAGUGCAGUAGAGAGUCUGGAUCUUUUGCCUUUAUGUCAGACUGUAAGGACUAAUUUUCACUGGGAAUUUAAAUGCAUAUCUGAUUGUACAUAAUGAAUCGUAUGUAUUUGUUAUGCAUUUUAAAAUAAAUAAUGAUAUCACAUUUUAAUAGUACAAUUUAUUUCAUUUGUUUUACUGUAACACACCUUAUUGUAAUUCCAAGAUUCCGUAGCAGCAAAAGUUUUGAUGAUAUAGUUUGGUUUUGGUU